UUUUGUUAAAGAACAUGCAUCUUCGGAUCAACAUAUAGAUGCAAUAAAACUUGAUACGGCUAAAAAAGCAAGAAAUAAAGAAUCAGUACAACUUCCUUAUUUCGUUCAAAUGUCCUGUGAAUUGGAGUCUCCAUUUAUUAUGGAAGGUUCAAUUACUUACGAAAAUAAAGUAUCUGGUCAUGA